GUUCGUCAGUCUCGCGCUCAGCGCGUGUGGAGAAGCAGCAGCGCCCGUGCGUUUCCUCAAGGAGUGAUGUGAUUGACUUCUACUCUUCUUUAGGAGGAACCGACACUUCGAGAGGAGACACGACAGACAGUAGGAGAACCGAACCGGACCGAACCGAUCUGAACAGUUCCCGUGUGCGCGACACACACGCCGGACGCGGAGCGAUGGAUUCCUCAGCUCGGCGCUUGCGAGGAAACACAGAUGCGCUGUGGACCGGUGGCUUCACCUCGUCCUUGAGCUCUUCCAACUUGCGUUUGUGAAACUCCUUCAACUCCGACCCGCCAUCGACCGCCGUUCUUCCUCUCAAUUCUUCUCACCCUCUCCAUGGCGAAUCUUCUGAGCUACAUUUUGUUCCUGGCGCUCCGGACGUUUGCCGCCCCGCCAGAGUACAUCCAAGUGUGGCCGGGCGGCUCGACGCCGGCCCCGGGAGAUCUGGGCAACGAUACGGUCGGCCCUUCUUUAGUUCCCCCUCCGGGAACCAGCAAACACGCUCCGCACAGCAUCAUCAUCGGCGUGCGGAAAGGAGGCACCAGAGCGCUGCUGGAAAUGCUGGAUAUCCAUCCGGAAGUGGCGGCGGCCGCCACCGAAGUCCACUUCUUCGACUGGGACGAGAACUACGCCAAAGGCUUCGAAUGGUACCGGGAGCAAAUGCCCUAUUCGUACCCAAAUCAGAUCACGGUCGAAAAGACGCCGGGGUAUUUCACGUCUCCGGUGGCGCCGGGGCGAAUCCGCGCCAUGAACUCUUCCAUCAGACUCUUGCUGAUCCUGAGAGACCCGACGGAGAGAGUCAUAUCGGACUAUACGCAAGUCUACUUCAACCGCUUGGAGAACCACAAACCCGUACAGGCCAUCGAGAACAUGCUGGUCAAGAACGGCGCGCUAAACACGCGCUACAAAGCCAUCCAGCGCAGUCUUUACGACGUCCACAUGAGGAACUGGCUCCAGCACUUUCCUCUGGAGCAGAUCCACAUUGUGGACGGGGAUACGCUCAUCCACGACCCCUUACCGGAGCUCCAGCGAGUCGAACGCUUCUUGCAUCUGCCGCCUCGGAUCGUGGCGUCCAACUUCUAUUUUAACCAGACCAAAGGCUUCUACUGCAUUCGCAGUGACGGCCACGAGCGAUGCCUGCACGAGUCCAAAGGACGUCCGCAUCCGCCCGUUAACAGCACUGUGCUGCGACAGCUGCGCUUGUAUUUGCGCCAACACAAUCGGAACUUCUACCGGCUUAUAGGACGUACUUUUAACUGGCAGUAGUGGGAGGGGCUGGAAUCAGCCAAUCACAGCCCAGCUGUGAUUGGGCUGAUUGACAACAGAUGGACCGUGCAAGCCACUCCCCCUCGGACAUGUCUCUUAAAUGCCUUCGAACUGCUUUUAAAGGGACAGUUCACCUAAAAAUACAAAUUCGCUGUUAAGUUGCUCUCCCUCUGGCUGUAUGAGAUGUAGGUGAGUUUGUUUCUUCAGUAGGACAGUAAAGAGGUUUUUUAGCUGAAACUGUGGUCCUUGGUGAUUCAUAAAUUGCAAAUCAAUAAGUACCUGCAGUACCUGUUCCAAAGUGAUUUUUGCAUGUUUUACAAUAAACUAGCCCUCAUUUACUCAGAAACCAUUAAAAUGUUCAUUUGCCCCCUUCAUUCAAGUGUUCGGUUCAUGCAUACACACAUCAGCGACUCAUCGGCCUUCAGUUCGAGUCGAACUGUUUCCUCAGUUCAGUGACUGUUGGAGGAACUGGAGCACUGAAUCAGUUCAUUCAUUAAAUUAGAUGCGCUGCUAUUUUGGCUCAUUUUUUGUCUGAGUGACUGUCGGGUGUCUGAAAGUGAGUUUCAACUGAGUAACUUAAUCACACAAUGAUGUAACAUAAAUGAUGUAACGUGCUGCUAGAGUCAUGAACUGUUUCAGACACUGUAGUCCGAUUUGGUGAAUCGUUUUAAAAGAAUGAUUCAUUUGUGAACUAGACAUCGCUCCGGUUCGUUUGCCUAAGGCUCUGGAUUGCAUGUAACAAUGUUGUAAAUAAUGGCUACUGACACUUUGAGAGUUGAAAAAGCAUAUACAGGCAUCAUGAAAUUUAUAGCCGUGGCUUCUGAUGAUCUUGAACUGGUUCUUUUUAAUGAACUGAUUCAAUUCACUAGUUCACUUCGUAAUCACAUGAUGAUGUAACAUACAUGCAAUUUUAUUAUUAAAGCACCCAGUAAUGAUGUGAAACAUGGAUGUUUUACAAUAAACUAGCUGUUAUCAGUCUUCAGUCCGAGCUGAAGUGUUUCCUCAGUUUAGUGACUGUUGGAGGAACUGGAGCACUAAAUGAUUCAUUCAUCACCGGAUCAGAUACACCACUAUUUUGGCUCAUUUGGAGUCUGAGUGACUGUCAGGCGUUUGAAAGUGAGAUUCAAUUGAGUAACUUGUAGAUCCGUGCUGCUCCAGUCAUGAACUGUUUCAGAUGCUUCAGUCCAAUUUGGUGAAUCGGUUCAAAUGUAUGAUUCAUUUGUGAUUUAGACAUCGGUUCGUUUGCCUAAGGCUCUGGAUUACAGGUAAUAAUGUUGUAAAUAAUGGCUACCGACACUUUGAGAGUUGAAAAAGCAUAAACAGGCAACAUGAAAUUAAUAGCCGUGGCAAAUGGUCCAGAGUGAUUCAUUAACAAAUCAUUAUUUUGAUUCAGUUCUCUUUGGAGAAAUAGUUGAAUCCUGAACCUCAGACAAACAGAGAAAUAUGAUUCUUUUCCUUGAACUGGUUUAUUCGGACAGUUUGUUUUAAUGCACUGGUUCAGUUCACUAGUUUACAAACUGUUUCCUCAGUUUAGUGACUGUUGGAUGAACUGGAGCGCUAAAUGAUUCAUUCAUCACAGGAUCAGAUACACCACUAUUUUGGCUCAUUUGGAGUCGAAGUGACUGUCAGGCGUCUGAAAGUGAGUUUUGAUUGAGUAACUUGUACAUCUGUGCUGCUCGAAAUUAUGAACCAUUUCAGAUGUUUCAGUCCGAUUUGGUGAAUCGUUUUAAAAGAAUGAUUCAUUUGUGAAUGUGACAUUUCUCUGGUUGGUUUGCCUAAGGCUCUGGUUUACAGGUAAUAAUGUUGUAAAUAAUAUCUACCGACACUUAAAGAGUUAAAACAGCAUAUACAGGCCACGUGAAAUUAAUAGCUGUUGCUUCUGAUGAUAUAUUGAGGUCUUAUGAAGAGAAACGAUCAGUCUGUGCAAGAAAAUAAACAUUAUUUACAAUUUUAUUACCUGUAAUCCAGAGACUCAGACAAACGGUCAAAAGUGAUUCAUUAACGAAUCAUUAUUUUGAAUCUCUUUUUGGUGAAGUAGUUGAAUCCUGAGCCUCAGACAAACAGAGAAAUAUGAUUAUAUCCCUUGAACUGGUUCUUUUGGACAGUUUGUUUUAAUGAACUGGUGCAAUUCAGUAGUUCACUAGUUUACGUAACCACAUAAUGAUGUAACAUACAUGCAACUAUAUUAUUAAAGCACCCAGUAAUGAUGUGAAACAUGGAUGUUUUACAAUACACAAGCCUUUAUUGGUCUUCAAUCUGAUUUGAACUGCUUCGAUUUGGUGAAUCAGUUCAAAAGAAUGAUUCAUUUGUGAACUAGACAUCGGUUCGUUUGCCUAAGGCUCUGGAUUACAGGUAAUAAUGUUGUAAAUAAUGUUCAGUGAUUUAUUUUGCUUCAUAAGACGUCAAUAAAUCAUCAGAAGCUGCAGGGAUUAAUUUUGUGUUGUCUGUAUAUGCUUUUUUGACUCUCGAAGUGACGGUAGCCAUUGACUUGCAUUAUAUGAAUCACCCAACACCACAGUUUCAGCUAAAAAUCUUCUUUACUGCUCUGAAGAAAAAAGUCAGCUACGUCUUGUCUGGCCUGAGGGUGAGUAAAUUAACUGCAGAUUUUCAUUUGUAUGAGAACUGUUGCUUUAAGACUUCAGAACGAUCAUGUUUUCAAACUGAAAUUGUAAGGAAUAAGACAUUAAAACUGAACUGUGAGGGAAGAUCUUUGCUGUCAAGCGUCUUUGUCGUAACAAAGUUACCCGAGACAAAUCUGAGUCUUUUUUUUCUCUUCUCUGUUCGUUUGAUAUUCUUGUACUUGAUAAUAAAUGGUUCUGCUUCCGA